CAGGCACGCAAUACCGGCUUCCCACUUCCGGGUGUUCAGGUCGGGGGCAUGUUUGUAGAUGGCUGUGUGGGCACCGUCUCCAUACCCCUGAUAUGAGGAGAGUGGCGCUCGUGUUGUGUCUGUAAAGUGGAGGGGAUCGGACUGUGAUAGUCUGUGGAAGGACGUCUGACACGUUGACAGGAAGCCUGAGCAAGAUGACGGCUGUGAUCCAGGUGUAACUCUCCCGCACAGGAGGAGGCGGAGGCGAUGCUCGUAUAUGUGACUCCACUUUCCAGCGGCAGAUUGCGUAGGAGGUGACAUGUGGACAGCCGACACGAGGAGCAGCUGACUAGGAUCCUAUGGCCAGGAUUAGUUUCUCCUGCUUGUUUCCCGUGUCCUGGCACUGCAGCCUGCCCUCGGUCACACAGUUUUCCCGGCAGCGAGUGGCUCUCCUGGUGAUUUUUAUUGUGAUCUUCCUCGUUAUUUUGGUGGCCGUUGUAGACCCCACAAUCUGGAGCAGCAGGGCUGGGAGUGAUCACCAGUUUAGGAGAUAUUUGGAUCCGAUCGAGGAACUGGAAGCCACAGACACAAAAGACACGAAGCUAAACUAUGGCAUUGUCAUUGACUGCGGGAGCAGCGGCUCGCGGGUGUUUGUCUACUUCUGGCCGCCACACAACGGCAAUCCACACGACCUCCUGGAUAUUAAGCAGAUGAGGGACCGCAGCAGCAAACCUGUGGUGAAGAAGAUCAAACCAGGUAUUUCUACAAUGGCAGCUACUCCGGAGAAAACGAGUGAUUACAUGAAGCCUCUUCUGACGUACGCAGCAUUGUACAUCCCCAAAGCCAAGCACAAGGAGACUCCUCUCUACAUCCUGUGCACGGCGGGCAUGAGGGUCCUGCCGGAGAGUCAGCAGACCGCCAUCCUCCAGGACCUGGUGAAGGACGUCCCCCAGGAAUUUGACUUUCUUUUCUCAGAAGCUCACGCUGAGGUCAUCUCGGGAAAACAAGAAGGUGUUUAUGCGUGGAUCAGCAUUAAUUUUGUGCUUGGACGGUUCGACCAUGUGGUAGACGAGGAGGAUGCAGUGGUUGCGGUGACUGUAGGGACACAAGAGGACACCAUUAUCCGCAAAAGAACGGUGGGCAUUAUGGAUAUGGGUGGCGGUUCACUGCAGAUCGCCUAUGAGGUUCCGAAAACGAUGACAUUCCCCUCUGCGGAACAUGAGGAAGUUGCAAAAAUGAUGCUGGCAGAGUUCAACCUGGGUUGUGAUCUUCAGCACACUGAGCAUGUCUACAGGGUGUAUGUCACAACAUUCCUGGGCUUCGGAGGGAACUUUGCCCGCCAACGCUACGAAGACAUGGUGUUUAAUGAGACUGUGACCAAAAAUAGAGUGUUGGGGGAACAGAAGGGAAUAAACCCCAGCACCCCAUACGUGGACCCAUGUUUACCGGUUGGCCAUAAGAACAAGAUUCAGCGGCAGAACCAGGACUUCCAUAUCCUGGGCAAAGGGAACUGGGAGAGCUGUCGGCAGCUACUGGAACCGCUGUUGUCCAAAUCUAAUGACACUCAGGCCUAUCUGAAUGGCGUGUACCAGCCAGCCAUUGAUUUUCCAAACAGCGAGUUUUAUGGUUUCUCAGAGUUUUACUAUUGCACAGAGGACGUGCUGCGCAUAGGAGGUGUAUACGACAAUGAGAAGUUUUCCAAAGCCGCCAAGGAUUACUGCAGCAUGCCCUGGACAACGUUGACUGAACGCUUUAACAACGGCCUGUACUCUGCUCAUGCCGAUCAGUAUCGACUCAGGUAUCAGUGUUUUAAGUCCGCAUGGAUGCAUAAAGUUCUUCAUGACGGUUUCCACUUUCCAUACGAUUACCCAAACCUCAAGACUGCCCAGCUGGUUUAUGACAAGGAGGUUCAGUGGACACUUGGAGCAAUGCUUUACAAAACCCGCUUUCUGCCUCUCAGGGAUAUCCGCCAGGAAAGCUCCCGUCCCGCUCACGUCAGCUGGUACAGGAUCUCGUUUGUCUAUAACCACUAUCUGUUCUUCGCCUGCAUCCUGGUGGUGCUGCUGUCCAUUAUUCUGUAUAUUCUCCGAUUGAGACGCAUUCACAGGAGACUGGCGCGGGCCUCUGCCCUGGACUUGUUAUUGCUGGAGGAGGGGGUGCAUGUAGUAGCAGAGCCUGCCAUUACCAGAUAGUGCUGAGCCACAACUGGCUUUUGGGUUUAUUAUAGGUUUUAAUAGUUUUCUCUUUUGCUGACUGUCAGGACAGCCUCUACACUCAUGUGCACUAUUUUUUAUCAAAACGCAGCAUGUGCUGGGUAUGGCGUUUUUUUUUUUUUUUUGUUUUUUUCUUGUGUUUUUUUUCUGUAUAGGUCUUAUUUUAGGACUUGAAAAAUGCCAGACAAAAACAUAUUUUAAAUGUAAAAAAAGGCACAAAAACACAUGUAAAAAAUAUGAACACAUACUCUCUUUUUAAAAGCUUUAAAACUCUUAAAGCGUUAAAGCCCUUAAAGGGUUUGUCUCACUUCAGCAAAUGGCAUUUGUCAUGUAGAGAGAGUAAAUACAAG